AUGUUAGUGCUUACACCAAAACUUAAAAACUCCAAUCCAGAAAAACAAAAAAAAUUGCAUGAAACUUCUGAAUUUGAGUUGAAGCGUCUCUAUGGGAUUAGAAGCACAAAAGAGGGCUUUUCUCUUUGCAUCUAUGAGAUUGAUGCCCAUCGUAUAAGAUACGUCGAGUGCAUGACUCAAAUUAUGUUAUCACCGUCUACAAGCUUAACUCAGCUUCCAAAUUCUGAGCUUUUUUGCUUCGGAUCUUUUCCAUUAUCAGGUGCUACCUGUAUAAUAGAUUUAAAAAAUUUCAAAGUCAAAAGGAAACUUCCUGAUGGCAUUUCUUGCCACAACUCAAAAGGGAUUUAUUAUAAAAAUUCAGUAUAUUUAUUCGGAGGAUCAAAUAGGUGGGGUACACUCAAUCUUGCCCAAAAAUUUGAUUUAGUUGAAAAUAGAUGGUCUUGCUUGCCUCUUCUCCCAAUAGCAAGUCAUCGAUGCUCCCUUGUGGUUUAUAAAGAAUUUAUUUUGAUUUGCGGAAAUAAUCAUACAUGCAUAUAUAAGUAUGAUUUAGAGAUAGAAAGCUACUCUGAAGUACCAAAUAUAAGUUUUCCUAAAUAUUCGAACAGAAUAUUAUUCACAGUAAAUUUAAGGGUUUAUGCUGUUGUAAACAAGGUCGGGAUUUUCGAAAGUGGAGAAUUAGAUGAAAAUAAUUGGACUCUCACUUCUGACAAUUACUUUGAAGCUGCCGAUACGUAUAUAGAUUUCCAAGAGUCUAUUUACUUUGGCUGAUUUUUAGGCCAAAAUAAUUAAAUAUGGCGUCACUGGAGUUUUCUGGUCUCUUGACCGAGAUUUUAUCUCUUGCAUAUUUUUAUUAUAAGGUUUGAUUUCCCUUGGUGAAAUUUUCCAGCUGUCCUAGGGAGAACGAGCCGGGUGGUUUUUCCUACCUACCUUAGGAUAACGAAUUUUCUAGAAGGAUGCAAACUUACCCUAGGCGGUGGAGACUGGGACCUUUAGUAUGCUGUUUGGACCCAAGUAAGUUCCUGAGCUCAAAAAGAGCCGUCGAAGUCAAACUCCAAGACUGACGUCUUUACUGGUGAACAAAAUCCGAGGUGGUCGCACCUUUGUCAGGCCUGAGGAAAAUGACGCGAAUUUCACCUCAAAGCAGUAUUGGGGGUAGUUGAGGUCAAGCAACUUGGUAACCGAUGAUAAAUGUUAUAGAUUAAUUAAGAUUAAGAUUUUUAGGCUACAAGUCUAUUUAUUACAUUAACAUCAACAUUAAUAUAAUUAUAGAAAAGCUCGCUAUUAUUCCCGAAGGACUACUCUACCCUUAACGUAACGUCGCUUGCUCGCCAUUUCGUGCACGACCUUAAAAAAAUUGCUCUUUACCGGACAAGGGCUUGCACUCACAUACCAGUAAUUGAGUGAGUUGCGUCAGCAAGGUUACCCACCAUUGAAAAUUCAAAAUGGUUGAAUUGUCUGGUUGACUCUCGGCGAAAAUGGAAAUCCAUAGCCCAGGGCGUAACUCCUGGUUUCAUGCUGGGAAAUAGUCUCAAUUGGCUAAGAUAAACGCCAUUGGCUUUGCUGGGAGAUCCUUUCCUACUUCCGGACCCAUUUCCUACUGAGGCAAAAAAACUCGGCAUUGGAGUAAUGCUUUCGGCCGGUCAGCCCGAUAUUGCACUUCAUCCAAGAAAAACCUAGCGGGAAAACAUUCCGAACGUCAUAUUCGCUUUCUCAAGGUCCUCGGCACCCUUUGUGAUGCCAGAUGCAGGAGUCAAUAGGGUGGGUUGGUUCACCGCAUCAUUUUAAUGUAUAUACAAGUCUAUUUAUUACAAAUUUAGCCUCCAAGAAAAAAGAAUUGAACAGCUUGAGCCAGAAAGUAUAAUUUAA